ACGAAACUGAUCUCAGAGAGCUGCUCUCUCUCAGUCUGUGAGUGCAGGAAAAUGGCAGAGGCCAGUAUUUCAGUAGAUCAGGACCAGUUCAGCUGUCCAGUCUGUCUGGAUCUGCUGAAGGAUCCAGUGGCUAUUCCCUGUGGACACAGUUUCUGUAUGGUAUGUAUUAAUGACUACUGGGAUCAGGAUGAUCAGAGGGGGAUCUACAGCUGCCCCCAGUGCAGAGAGACAUUCACUCCGAGGCCUGUUCUACGCAGAAACAAUAUUAUAGCUGAAGUGGUGGAGAAACUGAAGAAGACAGAACUCCGAGCUGCUUCUCCUGCUCACUGUUACGCUGGACCUGGAGAUGUGGAGUGUGAUUUCUGCACUGGGAGGAAACUCAAAGCCAUCAAGUCCUGUUUGGUUUGUUUAGUUUCCCUGUGUGAAAUACAUCUUAAACCUCAUCUUCAACUUCCUGCUUUGGAAAGCCACAAGCUGGUGAUUGCCUCCCCAAGACUACGAGAGAAGAUCUGCUCUCAGCAAAACAAACUGAUCGAGAUCUACUGUCGUACUGACCAAAGAUACAUCUGUUAUUUGUGUAUGAUGCACGAACACAAAGGCCACGAUACAGUUGCAGCAGUAGCAGAGAGAGCAGAUAAACAGAUUCAGCUAAAAGAGAUACAACAGGAAGCCCAGCAGAAAAUCCAGGAGAAAGAGAAGAGGCUGGAGGAGCUGAAACAGGUUGUGAACACUCUUAAGGUGAGCAGCGAGCAGAGAUUUCACACCUCAGACUUUUUUCUAAUCAGCCAGUGA